AUGCCGAAAAGAAAAGCGCAGAAGAGAAUAAUAGAUCGCUACCGCGAAAAAAUAAGAAUUUUAGAAGAGAGUGAGCAACGCAAACGCCGUCGAAUAAUUUACUCAGAUGAUUCUUCGGACGAAAAUAACUCCGAUAAUGAACAAACGGUACAAACGGAUCAGGUCAUCGAAGAGAUCUCACAAGAAAAUAAACCUGACACUGAGGAGUCGGCAACUGGCAACGACCCUCAGGAAGAACCUUCAGAACCGGAGCUCGAUUUGGAAAUACUCGCAGCUUUAGGUGACGCCAUAGAUGACGCCCCCAAAUUCGGCCCUAAAGUUCACGACAAACUGGCCCGCUUAUGGCAGCCUAUAUUGAAGAAAGGUUUAGACAAGGAAGCUAAAGACAAAUUGUUAAAGCAAUAUCUCAUUCCUGAGAAUUGCGCUUUAUUGCAGGCGCCAAAGCUUAACCCCGAGAUUGCUGCCGCAGUGUCGGACGCCACACGAGCGCGCGACAAACGUGUUGAAAGUGUGCAACAACAGCUCGGAAUAGGUAUUUCCGCUCUUACUCAGGGCUUGCAUCUUCUUCUUGACGAUGACGGUAACAGGCUUCAAUCUAUAAAACUCUUAAGUGAAAGCUGUCGAGUUCUGUGUGACCUACACUUCGUGGAGACUGCCGCCAGAAAGAAAUUUGUUACCACCGGGUUAGACAAAUCCUUUCUUAAUUUAAUACAGGAGGUGGACAGGGAUGAAAUGCUUUUCGGAAACAAGCUUUCAGAAAAAAUAAAAGCAUCAAAAUUAAUAGAAAAGCAGGGACUGCUCAUUAAGAAGGUCACUCAAAAUGUCAAGCCCACAAACUCAACGGCGCAAGCAUCUACUAGCCGCUCACGCCAGGGAAACUGGCCGGGCCCUCCUCGGUAUCCCUCAUCGAACAGGGGGGGGAGGGGGGCGUACCGCAAGACAGCACCAGUGGGCCGAGCCGCUCCCCAGGCUACUCAGCAGAAAACCUCAGGCCAGUCGAAACCGCGUGCCCAGUUUCAACAGCGAUAGAGGUCAGUUCAUCCGUUACACAACUGCCUUACCCUGGGGGCCGCGAAGCUCUCAGGAUGGCAUUUUCGAGACGAAGUACCC